CUUCAUCACCAUCACCAUCACCAUCAAUUCAACAAUGCCUCCUGCCUCCUCUGCCUUCCAAGCACGCCAAAAUGGCUUUAGACCGUAUCCAAGUUCAAAUCCAAACCAACCCAUCACUAACGAUGGAGGUAUGAAUGAUAUGGGUGGACUACAAGAACCUUAUACAGGAAGCAAGUCAUUUGUUUCUACUUUCUCGUUCUACUUACUCAAGAUUUUUUUUUUCUCUUUUGUUUACCUUUCAGCUGGAUUGUUCAACAAUCCAGGUCAGGAUGGUGGUCAUAGAUCAAACUUGAACGAACCUGAUCCUUCUGGUGGACUCUUUGAACCCCCUGGAGAUUCGAUCCCAUCUCCUUCUGGUAAUCAUGUGACUUUGAAGCCACAUAUUGAGCGUGUAAUGGAUAUUCUCAACCUCGAGGAUCACCUUCGUGAGAUGGUGAACGAGGUUAUCAGUUGUACUCAGCCUGAAGACUAUUUUGGUGUGACCAUUGCCAUGAUGGGUCGACUAGAACAAGAAUUCAAUAAACAGGCAGAAAUAAAAGCAGAUAACGCUGAUGCUAACUGGAUUGCUGUAGAUCGUUUCAAGGUAUUGUGUCUUAUCUCUCUCUAUAUGAAUUGAUCCUUGUCCUAAUUGAUGCAUAUACCUCAACUAUUCUUUUCCAAUCAAUGUGUAGGACUACGCUCGUAAAUCCUGCUCUCAAUUGUUCAUUGAUCCCACUUUAGAGUCAUUU